CGGCGGGCGGCUCGGCGGCGCUCGUCCUGUCCGCUGUGUCCAGCCGCUGCUGUGCUGCCGGCCGCGGGGACCGGUGCGCGCGGGCUCCCUGAGGUCCAGGCCGUCGCGGUGGGCGCGGGCGGCGCGUACUUGAAAUCAUGAAUCCUGUUUAUAGCCCUGGAUCUUCUGGGGUUCCCUAUGCAAAUGCCAAAGGAAUUGGUUAUCCAGCUGGUUUCCCCAUGGGCUACGCAGCAGCUGCUCCUGCCUACUCUCCCAACAUGUACCCUGGAGCGAAUCCUGCCUUCCAGACAGGUUACACUCCCGGCACACCUUACAAAGUGUCCUGUUCCCCUACCAGUGGGGCCGUGCCACCGUAUUCUUCCUCCCCCAACCCCUACCAGACGGCUGUGUAUCCCGUGCGAAGUGCCUACCCCCAGCAGAGCCCAUAUGCACAGUUUUCUUUAUUCUUCCCGCAGCAAGGCACCUACUACACGCAGCCGCUGUAUGCAGCACCCCCUCACGUCAUCCACCACACCACGGUGGUGCAGCCCAACGGCAUGCCAGCCACGGUGUACCCUGCUCCCAUCCCUCCUCCUAGAGGCAACGGGGUCACCAUGGGCAUGGUGGCUGGGACCACGAUGGCAAUGUCAGCAGGUACCUUGCUGACUGCUCAUUCCCCAACUCCCGUCGCUCCCCAUCCAGUCACUGUACCCACGUACCGGGCCCCAGGAACACCCACCUACAGCUACGUGCCCCCUCAGUGGUGAUCACCCUGCAAAUGUUUGAGGAACGAGCUGUGCAGUCACAUCAUUGGGGUUCCACAGCUGGUGCUGCAGGCCUUGAGCCUCCAACCAGGACUUUCUUCUCUAUGCUCUCGACACUUAGCUAAACUCGACUAUAUCCCGGCCCAGCAGGUCCCAGUGCCGUUAGUCUCCAACUAACUCUGUGGGUUGGUCUCAAAAGAAAAUCCUGUUUUGUGGACUGCCUGGCAAUUUUUUAGCUAACUGUAAUGAUAAAAAGGGAGUAUUAAUCUAUUCUGAAUCAUAUCUAGUUGAAUGCAUGUUUAAACAAACACAAAAACAAAGCUUGCUCAAUCUACCUGCAGUGACUGAUGCAAAACCAUCAUAUGCAAAAUCCAAAGGAAUGGAAACGUAUUUUACAACUUGUAUCACUAAUGCACUGUUGUAAUGUAUGCAGAGUCUUAAAGUUUUAAGUGUUAAAGUGAAUUUCUUCAUAGAGCAUCUGAAAUUCCUUAGAUGAUUCUUCAACCCUUUGGGGUUGAUGUGGGCUGCCAGUUAGGGGCAUGGACUUUUAAUUUUCAGCAACUCUUUGUUUGGCACUGACUGCACUGGUGGGAGCGGGUUACAGGGACAGGGAAAGGGGAGGCUGCAGUUGAUGGGGUGCAGCCAGUUAGCGUCUCUUUCCUUCCAGCUGGGCUUGGUGCGGUCACUGGGACAGGGGCAUGCGUAAGAUCAGCCCAAGAGAGUAGAGCGACAUGACAGGACAGUUAGGGGCGAGGGGGUGGUUUGUGUAUCAGCAAAAACAGUUUCCCUGCUAUCUAAAUUUUCCUUACAGAAGAAUGAGAAGAAUGAUGAAGUAUGCAUCUUCCUUGGAAAGUCCUGUGUAGAACUGAUUUGUUUCCCGGGGUGGAUGAUAGGUGGAAAACAACCAAGCUCGGAGGAGGUAUGGUCCUCUGCUUUAGUUAGCAUAGAAAAAUCAUUUCAUAUUUUUUUUCCCCCUGAGAAGCAUUUGACUCAGCUGAAAAUGUAGGCAUUUCUGUGCCCCCCUCACCCCUGCCAAAGAAGGGCAAAGGUUUCACCUGCCUGUAAUGAUGAAAGUUGUAUAUUCAAGAAUGAUUAAAAGGGAACAAAACUUGAUUUUAAAAUUCCUCAUGUCUUUUGUAGAGAGUCAGGGCCGUGGAUAACGUCCGAAAAUGUUGAAACCCGAACUUCUGAUGGCGACUUGUCCUCGGGGAUUGUCUGGAGGGGCUCCUGCAGAUGGGGCGAGGGAGGCAGGAGGGCUGGGGGCUGGCCUCCGAGCCUCAGCCAUCAUCUCUGCAGCUGGAGGCACUCGGUGCGAGGCAGGCACGGACAGCAAGGAGGGCCAGGCAGGGCCAGCUGCACCUGCCUGUUGCUGUGUAUUAGGGCAAGAGUUUUGAGCUUAUGAUCUGAACAUUGUACAUAAGAACUCCAAGAGCUUUUUGUUUUUUUCCCCCACUUUGUUUCUCCCGGAAUGUGCUGGAUUGGUAUGGAUAGGUGUGGGUGUCUGUUUUCAUUUAGGGUCGGGGUUGGGAAUGUGAGGACUUAUUUCCUUUUAGGGGUCUGUCAAGAGGGGGUGGGGGUCCAGCCUUUUCCACCCCAUUAUUGUGAGUGCUGGACCUCGGUUGGGAGGGGGUUCUGUGCUUCUGUGUCUGGCAGCUAGGUCAGGGCUCUGAUGCGGCGGGGGAGGCUGCCCACUGGCCUUCAGCCCCUCUGGCAAGUGGAACGCCUGACCACUGAGCCUUUGAUAACUUUAGUAUUUUUUUUUAUAUCAAGUACUCUUCAUAAUGUCCUUUUCCAUAUUUUUAUUUUAUAAGGAGUUUAGGAAUAUUUUUGCAUGGAUCAUUGUAAACAGAAGAUUCCUUAUUUCUAAUGACUAUUAACAUAGAAUGUUUACUGAUGAGUACUUUAAAUUGCUUCUUGAGCACUUACCCCGUAUGUGUAGGGAGGGAGGGCAGAAAAGGGCAGACGUUCACCCCAGGCGCCACACAGUUGGUCCGUUUCUUUGAGUCUGUGUGGAUGAUUGAUUCCAUCCGUAGAGUAGAUGGUUUGCAAUAUCCAAAGAUCCUACGGGUUCCACGUCUCAGCUGACUAACAGACAUCAGUUCUCCCAGCUGAGUGACAGUAGAUAGCAGAAAAUACUUAGAUCUUAGUGUGUGCUUUGAAAAAGUCCCACAUGACGACAGUGGAAGCUCACACACAGUAAGCAAUGCGCACACCGGCACACACACAGAGACUACCUGUUAGCCGUGGGUAACGUGACAGGCAGUCCUGUGCGCUGUCCUCAAGCUUUCUGAGACUCGGACCCAGGGCCAGUGGUUCCAUCAGCACAGAAUGAAAGAACACGUUAAAAGAAGAGCAGAGCGGGCUGUAUUGCCCUCCUAUUUACAUUCGCUUCUUAAAUAUUUCUCCCUGUAAAGUUUUUCUUUUAUCUUUUUUCCAUUUUGUGAAGUUGAGUUGGGACUAUCAGAUACGAUGUGUGUGUAUGUAUGUGGAGAUCUUGAAGCAGUGUCAGCUGUGGAAUGUACUGGUGUAAGACAGGUCCUGCAGAUCAGGGGAGACUCGGCUUCAGAACAGGAACCAGCCUGUCAGCGUGUAGUUUUAAUUAGUGUUCAGUCCCAACCAGAUGAAUUAAGGAAUAGAACUUGAGUCAGAAUCCUGUUUCACGGCUGUGUAGUUUGGUAUUGCAAGCAUACUGUGGAACAUUCUGAGAAAGUUCUGCUUUUUAUGUAGCAUCCCUAAUUUGAGAGUCCUUCCGCUGAGUCAUUGUUCUGUCUCCUCCUCUCCCCCAAGUCCUGAGAGGUGUUGCUUGGCUGCAAAGCUGCUGUUGCCCGGUGCCCCUAGAGCUUGUGUAGAUCCCGGCCGGGGGCUAAGUGGUCAGUGGGAAGUGACUACUAGUCUCUGGAGACUGCUGCCUCUGGGAUGUGAGGCCGCGUGCAGAACCAGAGCCGGGCAUGGAAGUAUUUCCAGAAUCUACCUUGUCUCCUGUGCUCCGUCACUGAAAAGCAUUCUGAAGGGUAUGGCUGUUGGCCUGCCAGUUGCUCCUCUGUGAAGCUGUGCUGUGCAAGUGUAGUAUUUUCCAGGAGCCUGGUGGUCCCUUCCCCAGCUGGGCCCCCAGCACCUUCCUCCAUCUGGCUGGGAAGUCCUGUGCAUGUGUCUCUUGGGGCACGUGAAAGGGCAAGCAGCUUGGAGUGUGCUCCCAGGGACAGGGUGCUCUGCCUGGGGGCUGCUGGUGAUAGGCUGGUGUAGACUGGCCAUGGCAACAUUGGGGUUGCUUUAGAAGAGGAAGUCAGACUUCUUCACUGGUCUUUUGUGAAAACAGUAUUACUAUAAACAGUUGGGCCAUCUCCUUAUUUGGAAGCUGACAGAUGUCUCUCAUUGUCAGCUUGGCGUUGCCAAGUAGGUCAGGCACUGCAGUGCAUGCACUGGCCAGUGGGCACAGCUGUGCAUGGUCCUUCUCUCUGGUGCUUCCUGAGGGGCCUCUCAAGAGGCAUGGUGGUUGGCUGGGGAGGGCAGGGCAGGGCCUGGCUCUACUCCAGCACAUCUUCCCGCGGUGUUGUCUCUGAGCCGUGACUCAGCCCCUCCUGAGCUGUCUGUAGGUUGCAGUUUCCAGUGUGCUACAGCUGAGAUGGGGAUGUGUGAUCAUUUCUGGUAGAAAAUGGGAAUUUGGUCUUGGGUGUUUCAGAGGGCUUGUCUCUUUUCCCCCUUUCGCACUCAUCUGAAGAACAGACACCCUGAGGGGCUGAAAUAUAGCUCAGUCACUUGCGCUGGUUAGCCCCAGGCUUCGUGACGGCCCCUCCUCCCUCACCGUGGCUUCUUCUUGCACCUUGUGCACACAAGUGGGCCCUGGGAUAGAGGAGCUGGGCCAGCUGUUUCAUUCUUCUGGCAGGCUGCCCCGGCUGGAGGAGGGGGCUGCAAGGAGCCUCAAGGGGUAGGAUUGGUCCCCCUCCCUUUUUUUUUUAAACAAUUUUUAAAUACUGUUUUUUACACCAUUUUCUUGGUACGUUUUUUAAGCUUCAGUCAGCAUUGUCUUCCAGUGUUAAGGCAUCCCUCGCCUCUGCAUUGAAUUCCGUGUCAGUACAAAGGAGUGGAACACCCAUCCUGAGCCAGUUCCAUUAGGGGAAAGUCAGACUCUUUCAAUUUUUUUAUGCAAUCUGAUGAGUAGAUGAGCUCAGAUUUAAAAUUCUUAAAAGCACGUUUAUUGUAACAAGAAUUGUUAUGUAUUAAUACUGCAGUUUUCAAUAAAGAUUGACUUGUGUUGCA